AUGUCCUUACGCCAAGCAUCACACAAAUUUCCAUCGGUGGACUCAAUGCCAACAUCACGGGAUUCAUCGAUGGAAACAACCGACCGGUACCCGUUUGGGUAUACGACCGAAUUGGCACGUACCGAACCAUCUGCAUCAACUGCCAAACGUCUUCGACAAAGGUUACAGCGACAGCAAAGUGGUCAAUCAGGAUUAUCCGGUCGACGGUAUACUGGAGAAAGCAGCGAGUGCUCAUCACUUGUCGGAACACCCACAGACACUGGCAGAUCAUUUACAUUUGGAGCAGCACAAAGAGUCAUGCGGGAACGGGAUGACCGCAAACCAUCAGUUACCCAGAACUUGUCAGAAAUAAUGCUCGAGGCAAUACAUUAUGAAGAUGUGAACUUGGUGGAAAGGUUGCUCACUGCGCAUAGUUCAAAACAACCAAUGUCAACAUCUCCGUCAAUUGGUAGCACAAACACAUUGACGGAUCUUGCUCAACGUAGACACGGUGCGGGGGCACACCGACGUUCCAAUGCCAGUAGUACGGUGUCCACACAUUCCGGAGGAAGAUCCACGUGUGCUAUGAUGAACACGUUGCACAUGGCUGUGGCUCAUAAACAACGAGAUAUAGUGGAACUUUUGCUUAAAAACGGCUACGAUCCCAAUACUCCCGCAUCGUGUCACUGUAAGGGAAAUUGCACGGCGACUGGGAAUAUUCCACUGACUUCGAUCAUUCCGAGAACUCAUUCAAUGACGCCAGAAUUGUGUUCGACGUGCUCUCAACUGAGGGUUGUGUCAAUCGUGGAUCAAACACCGCUUGGUGUGGCAGUCAGAUCACAGUCCAGCGAAUUGAUAGCAUUGUUGAUUGCCUACGGAGGAGAUGUUAAUUUAGGUGAUGAAGAUGGCAACACGCCGUUGAUGCUAGCCGUACGAGAAUCACCUCUGUCUUGGCCUUGCCUGCACACGCUCAUUUUCUUUGGAGCUCAAAUUGAACAAAAGAACAUGCGCGGAAUAUGCCCUCUUGAUCUUGCUCCAGAGCUGAAGAAACUUCAACAAACUUGCGUUGAAGAGCUUUUCAAAAAUGCGUGCUCGGGUGAUUGUGAACCACCAUCUCGAUCUACACCGGGACCAUCAGCCAAAAACUGGAAUAGACUACAAGUUGACAAUGUUUCCCAAGGAGAACGAUCACUGUCAAAAGCUCCAUUGAGCCCAAAACCGUCUGCUGCAGCAAGUGUCUCAACGUGUAGCAUGCUGGAAACCUCAUCAGCAAAAGAAUGUGCACGACGAAAAUCAUUGGUGUCGCUUCAACUUCACAGAAAAAGCCGAAACGUGAAAGAAUAUCCUGUAAUUGACUGCGUCAGUUGGGAACAAGCAUGGGAAUUGCUGAAGAAGAUGGCAUGUAAUCCAGAAUGUCUAGAUAACAUCGUGAAUUCAUUGUCAAAAUUUGCAACCCAAAUGGAGAACACCCCGUCAAGCGUUGAUCGUGAUCAAUUCGAUGCACACAUGGGUGGCCUACUACAUAAAAUGAUUCAUACAGCGAUUGAGGAGUACGAGUCUUCGACACCAACCUACAAAAAGCAGAAGAAACUCCAUCUCACCUGGCUGCUCAGCCAAAUUGCCACGUUUUGUUUUACAUUUCUGCAGAAAAGUGGAACGAGCCGACAAUUCUCAGCACUGAACACGUUGAAUAAAAUUAUUGAUGCUGGUUUAGUACAUGAUUUGUUCGCAUUCAACGACGUUGUCUUUCAUUCUUCAAGAAUUUUGAACCGAUGCCAUGCAUUUGAUUCCGACGAACCACCAACUCCAUCUGGCGAAUCUUUCAACUCAAAUGCAGACCAAAACUCAACUGUCGAUCAUGUUUUCAUUUACGGAGCUGGCUAUAAAGACCAAUCGUUAUUACCUUCUCCUACGGUGGCACCAACUCGACACAAGUCCGACUUAAUGAAUUCUUUCAGCGAAAUGGAUCCAAGCCAGGUCAUUGUGGCCUUGCACAACGCGAUAACAAUGCAAAACCGGGAAGUAGGGUCAAGAUCUGUUUGUAGUCCGGCUCAUCGAUGGAGGCAGUGUUGUGCUCAUUGUACACAGAUAUUGGUGGCCAGAUUAUUGCUAUUCUUAACACACGCAAAAAAAUUUCGAAGUCGGUUGUCUGAACGACAUCAGCUCAGAAGCUUGGUAGCUUUGUUAGAACCAACUUUGGAACCUCAACUCUUAUGUCUUUUACUUCAAGUUCUAGCUCUUAUAGCGUUAGAUCCAUCUACCCACACAACUUUGAUAGACAUUCAAAUUGACGACGUCUUGAUUCAAAUGCUACUCCCAGCAGAUGAUUGGUACUACACUAAUCACAGCACUAAAUAUGGAACUUUUGUAAAGUACCAUGCUGCUAGAGUUUUAGUGUACGUUGGAAUGGGUGAUCGAGUAGGAAGUCGAGUCAAUCUGUUCAACAUGAUGACGUUUGAGCCAUCUGCAAAAAGCGGGAGUCAACAAAACGAGGACGACUACAUUUGUGAGACAUGUGCCACACCGCGCAGCCGAAGUACAUUUUCAAGAUCAGCAGUUUCAGUGGAAGGUGUUCUGUUAAAAGUGUUGGCAGAAGUUGCUGAGCUUGUACGUCAGAGUCAACACCUAUCAGCAAGUGAACCAAUAACUGAAGAAUCGCCCAGUGCAGGAUCUCCACCCGCUGUCCUACCAAAUCAGGCUGAACAGAAAAGUAUUAACGAAAAAAAUGCAGAGAAACUUACACAACUUGGGUGCCAAAUUUUGAUCUCAUUGGAACAACUUGAAGCUCAUUUAUGCAAACUUGGACUGGUACUUGAUUCGGUUCUACUUCUCCGUCUACUUCUUCAUAAGUUGUCAUGGGAUCUUGGAUUAGUCACAAAAAAGAGGGUUGCUGUGGUGGAUCAUGUUUACAAACCAAUCACGGAUCCGAGAGCUCAUUCUAGCUGCAGUCUUGGAAACAACAGAAACUUUGGUAAAUCUAAAUCUUUUGAUAGGCGAGAAGAUAGCAAACGGGACAAAAAUUACUUGCGUGUUGAUCAGGGAUCUCGUGCGUCAAAGAGAGUGCAUAUCAGACGAUCUAGUUCAGUAGAGAUUAUCAGGCCAAAACGACUCAGUUCCGGAGCAAAAGAUAUCAAAAAUCGAGAACGGAGGAAAAGGCUGGGAACAGAUACAAGUAGCGGGUCGAAUCGUUCCAAGAAAACCAACUCCUCGUCUUCAUCUGUUCAGAAACACUUGCCAAAAUACAUUCAAUCAUUAUUCCGAAGUCGGAUGGGAACUGAUCCAUGCAAGAGGACAUCGAGAAGAGACUCUAAUGAGAGUAAUACAAGUGGAAGUGAUGCUGUUCUUGAGUUCACAAGAAAACUUCAAAAUUAUCCGUUGACGAGACGCGAAGCGCAAAGAUUGACGUAUCGAAGCAAUGGGCAACAAGAUUCAAAUGACUCGAAGAUGGGACCACGAACUUUAGGAUACGUUUACCUCCCAGAACUAGAAAUUCAAGGUGCAAGUCCGCCAAGAUCACCGGGACCUCUAACUGGAAACUCGUUAGAAGAAGGAACCACAAUGCUUUUGGACACAAGACGGCCGAGCAGCCCACAAGCAAUCCCCGGCCUUCCUUUAAUUGAAAUUCGUCGGCCCUCAGCUCUCUCUCAAUUUGAAUUUGGAUACUUUGUAAACUCACCAGAAUUAUCAGGAAGUGAAGUAUCUGAUUGUGCCCCAUUACUUCUCAGUGGUCAAAUUGGUGGAAGCCGAAAAAGCUCCGACGAAACAUCAUUGGGAGGAUGGUCCAGCCGUGCUUCAUCGGUAAUGAGUCAAAGGUCGUCCAGAUCCAGUGUUGGCUUGAGGUUAUCAACAUUUUCUGGAGGGACGAGUAUUGCUUCGGAUAACUCUGGGCCAUUUUUGUUCAGUUUUGUUUUGAGAAAACGUGCAUCUACUAUAGGAACUAGAAUACCAAUACCUAGGAGAGCUUUGUCAAGAUCUUCAGGAGACAGUCUGAGAGUACCUGAUAGAGAAAGUCCACUUCAUUUAGCAAGUAUGACAGAGAUGAAUCCGGAUUUUCAAUGUGUUCGACAGCUCAUCUUGAACCUUUUGAAUGUUUACACGAAAAGAAAUGACAAUGUGGUUUCUACAAUGAAGGAAUGUGCGGAUGUUCUUCGUCAAAUCCUAAACUCUCCUCAACAUCCAACUGUCAAGAAUUGGUGUGCCGAAAUAAUUCAUGUAGUCAGUACUCAUGUAGAAGAAGAGGAACCAACGACGGCAGAAAAUAAUGAACAAAUUAAUGACGAGUAUCUGGAAUUUCAAGACCAAGUGAUAUCAGGAAGUUUACCAUGCCCGAAGGAAGAGGCUGCAUACCUUGCAAGUAUUCAGUUAUCAGUUGAAGAGCAGUGGCCGAGUAAUAAAAGGACCCAGACAAUUAGAAGACAUUUAUUGAAAGGACAGUUUGGUCGAAUCCGGGAUCUCGCCCAAAAGAUCAUGGUGACUCCAUGGGAAGUUGAUCAAAACUUGUACUGCACACCACCCAGAUUUCCCAAUGAAUCGGCAAAUGCUAGUAGAGCACAAUCAGUGGUUGAGGAAAUUCAGCACAGAUCAAGAACUCCAACUCUUCUGCGAUGUAUCACAAACACAGACGGCUUAAUGUCAGAAGAGAUGCAAGCUCAGUGCCUUCCCGUCGAUCUACGUGGUGAUCGUAGAACUAUCAAGCUGGUCAAGGAGAGGAAGCGAAAAUUGUUCCAUAGUCAAGUCUAUGAAAGUGAAAUUGGCAUGAAGAAAUUGUACAUUCAGACCGCCAAAAAACUAGCCGCAUUUGGUUGUAAGGUUUUUCAAGUUAAAGAGUUGCUUCACGGACGAACACUCAGAAAAACUCUUCGACUGCUUUGCCUUUCUUCUGCUCAAUUGUGUCUUCUCGACGGAUCAACAAAACUUGUGCUUAAACGGCAGCACGCAUCGACGUUACAACAGUGGAGAGUAGGUGGUGGAGUUAGUAAGCAUCAACUAUUGCUCGAAUUCCGUGGAACCAAGUGGCAACUUAUUGCACCGUCGUAUAAUGCACUGAAAUCGAUAUCGAUGACAUUAUGGGAGAUUAUGCAAAAUUCUGCUAGCAAUUCAAUCCAGCGGAGUCUCAACCAGUCAAUGCAUCGUUCGCACACCGAGGCGACUGUCUCAACAUCACGUAGUGACUCAACCUCUUCAACGCAAUCAGCCACAGCUGGAUUCAUUCUCAAUGAAGAACCAAUCACACUGUUCCGACUUGAACUCGAACGACUUCAAUAUAUUCUUCAUUUCCCUGAAGAAGUUGCAUUCCAACUAUCUUCUACUGAGUAUCAGCUUUUCUACUCAAUACAACCCAUGGAUUAUGUUCGUUACGUCAGUUGCGAUCUCACAUCUGUUCCAGUGUCAGAAAAUCCAAGUCCAGUGCGAAAUCUUGUGAAAAGGCUAUCAGAGGUAUCAUCCUGGAUAACACAUGUUAUUGUCAGUCAGCCAACACAUGACGAUCGAAAGGUUGCUCUUACUGCAAUUUUGAGAAUUGUGGAAACUUGCUGGAAUAUUGGAAACUUUAAUGCAGCUGUUGAGGUUCUUAUGGGUUUAAAGAGUGAAAAACUCAGACCAUUCUGGCUUUCUUUGCGACAAGAGGAAAAGUCUCAGUUUGAUUCGCUUUGCGAAACCUUGCUUCCUGCAAACCAAGCUCUCCCAUCUCAAGCUUACAUCAACGCGGUCCAACGAGCACUGAGAAUGCCACAAUCUCGUGUGAUUCCAUUUUUUGGAAUAUUUCUUCGUGAUCUCUACGCAAUUGUGAAUGACUUGCCGAAUAUCGUUGUGAUUGGACAAGAAGGUGAAACCCAAAAGCUGGAAUUCAUGAGCGAUCCCAAUGGCGAAGAUCAUUUUUCGUCGAGAAUUGGAGUGGGUGGGCUGUUGAAUGCUGAUAAAAUCAACUUGGUGGCAAUUGUUUUGGACAACUUGGAAUUAUUCCAUCGUCACAGCAGGACAAUGAUCAAAUUGUUAGAAGAGCAAGCAGUCCCACCAAUUCAAAUUCCUCAGAACGAGCGGGAGCAAAAAGAAAAGGAAGCAAAAACAUAUGAACCAGUACAAGUGGUUCGCGGCUCUUCUCAUGGAGUGGCUCUCAUCCCUCUUGAUACCCUAACAUUCGAUCUUGAUGUUAUCCAACGACUCCAGCACGGAACAACAGUGAUCCAUUACGAACCUGAUUCGGGAAGAAGCAAUUUGUGUCUGCUGCGGUUAGACCCUAGUUGCGGUCAAAUAAACUGGCAUAAGAUUUCAUAUUCAGUUAACAAAGAUCCCAAAGAAAAGGAUGUGCUCGCCAAAGUAUCCGUUUCAAAUCUGCAGCCGCUAGACUCUGGCCGAGGGGCUCCGUCACCAAUGCCAUCUGGAAGAACACCAGGAACUGGAGGAGUUGGAGUAGAGGAGGGAGAACUCAAAUUAAGUGUUGUGAAAGGAGUCGAACUAGUUGAUAGUUAUGAUAUUGAUAUUGAGGCAAUUUACCGUCGUCAUUCUAUGGAAGAGAUGUCAGUUCCUGUUAGCUGUUGGAAAGUUAGUCAUGGUCAGUUGUUAUCGGAUAAUGAGUUCAUCUACUUUUUGGCCCCUCAACAAAUUGCUCAAUUUUGGACCAACGGGUUGCAAUCUGUAGUUAAAAGUCUCCAAGGACAGCAAAGGUACCCUGAUCGGCGAAUGUUAUGGAUCAAAAAUGUCUACUUAUCACUUUACGAGAUAACGGGCGAAUCAAACUGUGGACCACGGCCAUUUGAAGCACUUCAGGCAUUUGGGCUGAGUCAAACAAAUACUAACGCAACACGACCCAAUGACUCGUCGCUGUCCAGUGAGCCAGGAGGAGCUAAAAGCAGACUGAAGAACCUUAAAAAUGCUAUGCAAAAGAAGCUUCGUGGUGCAUCGCGCGAAGGAAGCAGAUCUCAGUCACCUCAACCUCAUUCUCCUCUUGUCCGACCACCAUCAAUAAAAUCGCAAAUAUCGUCACAAUCUGGUCCGCCGGGUCCGAACUCUCCAGGCUAUUUGCUGAAACCACGUGGAGAACCUGCCAAUAGUGAUGCAGGAGACAUUGAUAGCAUUUAUACACCUCGAUCAAGAACUCCAACAAGCAGCUCCUAUGGAGGGCGAUCCGUUGGAGGGAGAUCAUGUAAAUCGUGGAGAUCAAGAGGAGGAGAGACACCAAAUUCGGGUUCCAUAAGCAGCUCGGGUCAGAUGUCAAUUCAAGUGUCUGGUCUGAGUGGACCAUCGGGAAAAGAGUUUCAGGAAAAACCAUUAACACUUGUAGAGUUCGCUGAACUUUUUCGAUUGUUCAAUACAAGAAUGAGAAAAGAUUUGAGAGAUGUGUUCAAUGAUGUCCUGUCUACGGCAACUACUCCUCAGCAUUGUCCUAAAAGAGAACGUGAUCGCCACAGUCCGAGAAUGCAGUCAAGGCUGGCGAGUGUCUCCAACUCGUACAAUGCAGAUUUUCUGUCUAACGAUUUCUUGACUCGGAAUACGGCAGUAACGUCCCAUCAUAUCAGUGAAAAGCAAAACAAAAUCUACAAUGCAUUGGCACUUGCGAGUGUUAAUAGCAUGGGCGGACUCAUGGACACUUCCCGGUCGUCGAUGCUGACGCCGCAAAUGCUGCGCGCUUUUGUCAACACUCAUCAGAUGGAGCAGAUUGACGAGCAAACGGCGAUUAAGCUUAUUCAGGAUCAUGAACCUGAUGGUAUCUGUCGACAAAAGAAUCAAAUGUCAUUCGAAGGAUUCACUAGAUUCCUUUGCGAUCCUGUCAACUUUGCAUUCGUACCGGAAACAAUUGAACCAGAUGAAGAGGACCUACGGUACCCGUUGUCUCAUUAUUACAUCAAUUCAAGUCACAACACCUAUUUGACGGGACAUCAACUCAAGGGACCCAGUAGCUCGGAGAUGUACAGACAGGUUCUCCUCACCGGGUGUCGGUGUGUCGAGCUUGAUUGUUGGGAUGGAGAUGACGGAUUGCCAUUGAUUUAUCAUGGACACACAUUGGUUAGCAAGAUUGGGUUUAGACAGGUGGUCGAAAUUAUCAAAAAAUCUGCAUUCAUAACAUCGGAUCUUCCUGUGAUAUUAUCAAUUGAGAAUCAUUGUUCCCUACAACAACAGGCGAAAAUGGCACAGAUGUUCAAAACAGUUCUUGGAGAUUUACUAGUAUCAAACUUCCUUUUUGAAGCUGAUUUCUCGGACUCUCCACGUCUUCCAUGCCCUCUCCAAAUGAAAAAUAAGAUCUUGAUAAAAAAUAAGAAAAUGAUAGUCGACCCACCAACUCCAUUGCCAAUGAUUGAACGAGGAGCUGUGCAGCGUGGUGAAACUCAAUUAAAUCUUCACAGAAAACAGAGUAAAAACUCCUACGAAAGCAGUACGGUAGAUGAAGUGGAAGAUGACGACCUAGAUGAGUUUCUUGACGAUGAAGAAAAUGAGGAGGAUGACCAAGAAGAGGUUCAAGUCAGAAGUGAAAAAGAAGACAGUCCGAAGACAUCAAAACGUGCAGAGAAAUCGGCUAGAAACAUCAAACAGCAAGAUUCGUUAUGUAGCGAUCAUUCGGUAGAGCAGGCAAAACCUUCCACAAGCAAGACCACAUCCAAAACCAACGAUAGAAAGACUGAAGAUGAAGUACUUUACGCUCAACUUGCUCAAAAUGCCAUCCGAAACCAACAACCAAGAAAGAACAAUACUGGAGUCCAAAUAGCGCCAGAGUUGUCAGAUAUUGUCAUUUACAUGCAAGCGACAAAAUUCAAAGGAUUUCCCCCAGUCGAUGGCAUUCAAUCACCAAGGAUAAUGGAGGAAGGGCCAGCUUCUGCAAGUCUUUCAUUUUCAUCACGGGCUCGUACGCCAUCAAAUCUGCUGAAUACACCAGCCCCUCCACGACGACAGCGAAGUAGCACUCAGUUGAGUCAAGAACUGGCUGCAGAAUUUUUGGGAUCAGUUAGGGCAAAUGCUACAGCUACAUGCUACCAGGUUACAUCUCUUAAUGAAAACGCUGCAAAGAAACUGAUGAAAAGACAUCCAGCAAAAUGCGUAUCUUAUACUCGGGACCAUCUGAUUCGUACGUAUCCAAGUGCCAAGCACUAUGACUCGUCCAACUUUAACCCCAUCAACUGCUGGGCUCAUGGAAUGCAAAUGGUUGCUUUAAAUUUUCAAACUCCUGAUGUUAUAAUGGCAGUUAACCAAGCGAUGUUCGAGCAAUCUGGAAACUGUGGAUAUCAACUGAAACCACGUUGUCUUUGGGAUGAAUCUCAUCUUUUGUACAACAAAUUUUUGCCUCUCUCCAAAGACAUUGCCGGCCAUUCUGCUUUGUUACUAAACUUAACUAUUAUAUCCGGACAGCACGUGUAUCCAAACACCCAUUACGCCAGUUUAUAUGUCGAAAUUGAAGUCAUCGGUAUUCACAACGACUGUGUUCGUGAGAAAUCAAAAGUGGUCCAGAGAAAUUCUGUGAAUCCAAUCUGGAACCACACCACUCAACUUCGAAUAGCUUGUGUUGACUUAGCAUUCCUUCGCAUAGCAGUAUGUGAUAGUGGGCAAAAUGGAAGAGUCGUUGCUCACCGAGUUGUUCCUGUCAAAUGCAUUCGUCCGGGUUUCCGACAUCUCCCACUCAGAACUCCAACUAAUCUUCCGAUCGACAACGCUAUGAUAUUUUUAAGAACAAGAUUCGAGCAAGAAGAACACAUCUACCUCCACGACGAUGAUUCAAACACCUAUUGUAAUCUAGAACAUACGCUGGCAUACCGCACAGACUUAACACCCAAUUUAUCUCCAACGCCAAUUUUGAAGAAACAGAUCUUUGUUCUUCGAAUUACAGGCGCGUUUGCUGAUGAAACAGCAAUUACAGUGCACAGCGAGUCAGGAAGUACAGUGAAGACGGUGAUGCAACAGGCGCUGCUUAACGCUGGAAAGAAUGCGGAUCAGGUUGAAGAGUAUGUACUCAUCGAAGAAUCACUGCCGGCACCUUCUGGGGAAGAUCCAAUUGAGCAGAGAGUACUUCCUCUGAACGAGCCUAUCAUGGACGCCGUGGCCUGCUGGAACGGUUCAAUGCGUCGUUUUGUGUUACGAAAAAAAGGCAGUGACCCAUCAUCUAGAGCUUGGAUCACUUCAAUUAUAAAAUCCGGAACAAGUGGAAGCUCCACGUCAGUCUCACCAAGUCCGUUGACCAAAGAUGGACACGUAAAGAGUGCAUCAAGCAAUCAACUUCAUGGACGAUCAUUGGACACUGACGCUUUUGGAGAGCACCUUGAAGUGACAGAAGGGUUGAACCCUCGUGCAAGAUCAAUGGGCGACACAUUUCUGGUAUGUGUUCACAAUGUUAGUGAAGAUCAGCCUUAUGCAAUCCUACGUGCUGGAAUCCACAGCACUGCCGCCGACAUUAUUCGUCAGGUGUUUGUUAAAGCUCGCCGUUCAAAUGUAGACGAUUCCGAGUUUGUUCUUGUUGAAGAAACCUGCGAUGAUCCAAAACUCAAUCAAGGCCAAAUGACUCCAAAGUAUCCAAACAACCGCACCACAAGCCGAGUGUUAGGACAAAACGAAAAUGUUUGGAAAGCACAAUCGAGGUGGAAGUCAAUGGGCAGAUUUGUACUUGAAAACCGAAAGGACACAGUGCACGCAACCCUCGAAAAAGUGAGAUCAUUUAUAUCAAAACUGGAAGCUGCAAAAGCAAGCAUGGAUCCCAGACACGAGUGA